AUGUCAUGGAUGCUACACGUUCUUGUAUCAAUGUGUUCAUCAAUGUAUAUAAAUCCAUCUGGAUUAAAAAUUCAUUCGAGAGCCAGUUUAUCUAAUGAUAUUAUCGAAUCAAAUAUUUCGUCUAUGGAUAUUGCAAAAUGUACAUUAUCUGAACCAUUUGGUAUCAAUGUAUCUUUUACUUAUGAAGGAAAAUUUGUCUCAAAAUGGACAAAAAACAUUACAGGAAAAUAUAUAUGUGGAAUAGGCGAUGAGUGGCAGCAAUUUCUAUCAGUAACAACUAGUCAACAUGCUGAAUGUAAUCCAGCUGGUUGCAUAUUAGUUUUCUUUUUAAGUAUAAUAUUAACCUUAGCAUUUACAGGAACAUGGCCAACUAUAGAUUCAGUAAAGAAAAAACUAGAUGCUUUUUCCGCUACCCUUAUGAAUAUGUUGCAGAGAAGUUCUGUCCAGCAGACAAUGAAUAUUUUCAAUGCUGUUUAUUUGAUUGUUCCACCUGAUCAAGCCGAAUCUUUUGGUUCAAAAGUUGAACAAGUUGCAAUGAAUGCAGCAGAUGAAAUGGACAAAACUUUUGAAGAGGAGAGAAAAAAGAUGGAUCAGGAAUUAAUUGGUUCUGGAGUUAAUAAUGAGCGGCAAAAAAGAAUUUCUUUAUAUAGCAAGAUUUAUAUGGUCUUUUCUGCUUUCCUGGUAUUUGUGGUAUCAAUAGCCGUUUCUCAGGUUUAUUGCGCUCAUAUGAAAUGGCCAAACAUUGUGAUGAUGCAAAAUACAUUAAAAUGCUACGAACUUGACACAUCCGAACUUCCUAUGGGAUUUAUUUAUAAUCAAAAUCUAACUAUCACAGAAAAUGCUAAAACAAAUGAUAAUCAAGAAAUGAAAAACAUUUCUUCAAGAAAAAUAUUAGAAGAUGUUCAUAUCAAAACAUAUCAAAACAAUUUAAACACAGCAGUCGUUUCUUUUAAUGAUGAUGUUGCAAUAAUUACAUCCGAUUGUGAAUCUUCAUGGGUAAAAUUGGAUGAUAAAUCACGAUAUAUUGUAUAUCCAUCUACUGAAAUUCAAUGCAAACAAGUUGAUGCAAUAAAAAUUGGACUUGCAGCAAAGCGUACUAAAGAAAAAUGUGGAGAUUCUCCGAUAUAUAAAAUGCAAAAUAAAGAAACAAUGCCGGAUGGUUUAGCUCAUAUCUGGAAAAAGAAUGGAAUAACACCAAAAGCAUGUAAAAGGAGUUUGGGGCUUUUUAGUGUUACAUGUGAUGUAGUUUAUGAAGAUUCGUUAGGCUUUUCUAAAGAAAAAUUGAAUUGGACAUAUUGCAGAUCAUUAUCUCGCCCUGCAAGAAUGGUUAAAGUUGAUGAAAAUGGGGAUCCUAUUACUGAAGUAUCGAAUGAAGAUUUUAAGGCAGGAUUAACUGUUGAUCCAUUCCAAUCGCGACAAGAUGGCUGGUAUACAGAUGGUGUGAACGAAAUAAUUGUAUCCUCAACAUUUAAUCAUGGAGUUGGAUCGAAUAUACUUUUUGAAGACAAGGCUUCCCUAUCUAAUGAUAGAAUGGAAAAACUUCUUGAGUAA